UGAUAACCAAACAGAAAAGAACGAUAUUAAUUGAUCAAAGUUUGAAUUCAUUGAGUUCGAUUUCUUUUACAUGAGAUUCAAUCUGAAUUAAAAAUCUUAUUGUGCUUUCAUCAUUGGUUUUUUUUUUUACACCUGGUUAUCGAUAACGUUAUCCAAUAAUCCAUCAACGAUAAAAAAAUGGCUCAAGUUAUGCUACCAUCAACUUCAACUAAGCAAAAAGGUCAAAAGCGUAUCGCUAAGAAAAAACCACCUCAAGAUGAAGAUAUUGAAAUUUCUAUUGAUCUACCGAAAGUUGUUAAAGAGACAGAAAUGAAACGUAAAAUUGAUGAGGAAAUGCGAGAUGAUGACUCGGAAACGGAUGGUAGUACCACAUCAUCUGCUUCCAGCGGAAAAAGAAAUCGUAGAAAUGAAACAGUUGCGGCAAUGGAAAUGGAUCUUUUCAAUAUACCAGGAAAUCGUAAUAAGCGACCUUCAUCUGAUUUCAAUGUUCAAAAUCAAUUCAGAGUUUCGGACAAUCUGGUUUUCUUCACAAGCUCAACUUAUAGUGGUAUCAGGACAGGUAAAAUUAGAAAAUAUUGGUUGAAAGACGGGAAGCAUCAGGUCUCAGCGUAUGGUGGCGAGAUGUUGAAAGCGGAUAUACCGAAAUUUGUAUCAUGGUUACAAAAACCUAUGCGACAUGGCAAGAAUGAUGAAUUGGUUGACUGGAUUAACGCUCAAUGGAACUAUUAA